AUGCGUCGAAAAUACCGACUAGUGGUUCUCGGUAGUGGUGGAGUAGGCAAAAGUGCUUUAACAGUAAAGUUCGUCUCAGGAAAAUUUGUCGAAAAAUAUGACCCUACAAUAGAAGAUUUCUAUCGAAAAGAUAUUUUGGUUGAUGGCGUUCAUCACACUUUAGAGAUUUUGGAUACUGCCGGCACAGAACAGUUCUCUUCUUUGAGAGAUUUGUAUAUACGAAAUGGCCAGUGCUUUUUGGUUGUCUACAAUCUUGCUAGCCGUCAAACAUUCAGUGAUAUACGCAACAUGAGAGAUAAUAUACUGAGAGUAAAAGGUCUCCAACCGGGUUCUGUCAAAUCUGUUCCAAUAGUUCUUGUUGGAAAUAAAGCUGAUUUAGCAUUAAAUGGUCAUCGAGAAAUCGAUCCUCAAGAGUCAGAAACACUUGCUGCCCAGUGGUGUUGUCCUCAUCUAGAAACAUCAGCAAGGGAUGAUGUCGGAGUAAAUGAAGCAUUUUUGGAAGCAGUACGUCAGCUUUUAAUGCUUGAACCUAAACGUCGAACUCUAUGCGUGAUUGUUUAA